AUGGCCGCCAUGAGAGCUCCGCCCACUCUCCGGGCCAUCGCCGCCGUCCCCAGCCCCUUCUAUCUCCUCGAUUCCUCCGCCGGCUUGCCGGAAAUCAGGCAGAUCCACGCCCAGCUGGUCGUCGGGGGCCUCCUCGACGACCCCCGGGAGCUCGGCAAGUUCGCCGCCGCCGUGGCCCUCUCUCGACCGGCGCCGGCGGAGGAGGAGCAACCGGUGGCGGCGGCUCUGGCCUACGCCGAGGAGGUCCUCUCCCACGGGCGGUUGCCGCCGACGGUCUUCGCCCUCAACUCCCUCAUCAGGGCUCACUCCAAGGGCGCCGCCCCUCACCGGGGCUUCCACUUUUACCGCCGCAUCCUCCACUCCGGCGACGGCGACGGUAGCGGCCUCCGGCCGGACAACUACACCUUCACCUUCCUGGUCCGCUGCUGUGCGGGGAUCCCCUCGGCGGAGGGCGGCGCCGCCGUGCACGCCGCCGCCCUCCGGCGGGGCUUCGCCGGCGACGCCCACGUCCAGAGCGGGCUCGUCCGCAUGUACGCAGAGGCGGGCUCGCCGGAGUCUUCCCGGCGGGUCUUCGCUGAGAUGGAGUCGCCGGACCUGGUGGCGCAGACGGCGAUGGUGGCGGCGCUGGCGAGGUCCGGCGAUGUGGACCACGCCCGGAAGCUGUUUGACGAAAUGCCCACAAGGGACGCCGUCGCCUGGAACGCUAUGAUCGCCGGGUAUGAGCAGCUGGGCCGACCCAAAGAGGCCAUGCAGCUCUUCCACCUUAUGCAGAGGGACGGCAUUGGCGCCGCCGCGGCCGUCGAGAUCAACGAGGCGACGAUGGUCUCCGUCCUGUCGGCAUGCGGCCAGCUCGGGACGCUCGACCACGGCCGAUUGGCGCACCUCUACACGGAGAAGGCCCGGCUCCGGCCGACAGUGGCCCUCGGCACGGCCCUCGUGGACAUGUACGCCAAGUGCGGUGAUAUGCCCCGCGCCAUGGAGGUGUUCGACAAAAUGCCGCAUAGAAACAUCCACACCUGGACCGCCGCCAUGAACGGCAUGGCCCUCAACGGCGCCGGCGAGCACUGCCUGGCUCUCUUCCGCCGCAUGCAGGAGCAGCAGCUGCAGGACGGCGCCGCCCUCCUCCCCAACGAGAUCACCUUCCUCGCGCUGCUCCGCGGCUGCAGCGCCGCCGGCAUGAUGGAGGAGGGCCGGGAGGUCUUCUCUCAGAUGACGGACCUCUACAAGCUGGCGCCAUGGCCAGAACACUAUGGCUGCAUGGUGGACCUCUACGCCCGCGCCGGCCGCCUGGAAGAGGCGCUCGCCGUGCUGCGCACCAUGCCGGGGGAGCCGCACGCCGGCGCGUGGGGGGCCCUCCUCAGCGCGUGCCGCACGCACGGCCACGCCGAGCUCGGCGCCUACGCCGCAGCGAAGAUCACUGCGCUGGAGAAGGAGAACGACGGCGCCUACGUCCUCCUCUCUAACCUCUACGCCGGCUGCCGCAACUGGGCGGGUGUGAGCGGGGUGCGGGCGCUGAUGAAGGCGCGCGGCGUCGCGAAGGAGCCCGGCUGCAGCGCCGUAGAGGUCGCCGGCGAGCUGCACGAGUUCUUUGCCGGCGACAGGUCGCACCGGCGGUACCCGGAGAUCGAGGCGAUGAUGGCGGAGGUGGGGAGGCGGCUGAGGGCGGCUGGGUACUCGCCCGAGACGGAGGAGGUGAUGUUCGACGUGGAGGAGGAGGAGAAGGAGGAGGCGCUGGGAUGGCACAGCGAGCGCCUCGCCAUAGCCUUUGGGCUGGUGAGCUUGCCGGAGGGGGCGCCGAUCAGGGUGGUGAAGAAUCUGAGGGUUUGCAGGGACUGCCAUGAGGCCAGCAAGGUCAUCUCCCUCGUCUUCCAAAGGGAGAUCGUCGUCAGAGACAGGAGCAGGUUCCACCACUUCCGCCAUGGAAGCUGCUCCUGCAAGGAUUACUGGUGA